AAACCCCUAUCCCCUGGAUAUCAGUCUUACCACUCAAAACUUCUAUCGCGAAAAUGUAUCUCCCAGUUCUCCUCACAAUCACCCUCCUCUUUUCAUCAGCUUAUGCUUCAGUGAAUGAUUUCUGCGUUGCAGAUAUGCAGCAGCCUGAUACUCCCUCAGGAUUUCCAUGCAAGAAAGUUACAAGCCUGACAGAAAAAGAUUUUGCAUACUCAGGCCUCGGAGUUGCUGGCAACACUACUAAUAUCAUUAGUGCUGCUGUGACUCCAGCUUUCGUAGCUCAAUUUCCUGCUGUGAAUGGUCUAGGCAUAUCGAUGGCUCGAUUAGACCUAGCCAAGGGUGGUGUCAUUCCAAUGCACACUCAUCCAGGUGCAUCUGAGGUUCUGGUUGUCAUAAAAGGGACAAUCUGUGCUGGAUUUAUAUCGUCUGCUAACACCGUCUAUUUCAAGACAUUGUUCAAAGGAGAUAUCAUGGUUUUCCCUCAAGGUUUGUUGCAUUUUCAGAUUAACUCUGACGAUGGUCCAUCUCUUGCAUUUGUUAGCUUCAGCAGUGCCAAUCCUGGUCUACAAAUUCUUGAUUAUGCAUUGUUCGGAAACGAAUUGCCUACUGAAUUGGUGACCAAGACCACUUUCUUGGACCCUGCUGUUGUCAAGAAACUCAAGAGUGUUCUUGGAGGCAGCGGCUAGUCGAUAACUAGAGUCUACUGUCUUGCAGAUUAUUUGUCACUCUUUUGCCUCCUUUCAAUUUAUUGAAAUCUUGUGUCACUCUUUUUUCUUUUUCUCUGAUGCUGUGUUUGUAAUAGAUUUGAGGUAUGUAAGAAUAAAAAGAUUCUGUAUUGUACUAGUGGUAAUGCUAGUAAAUUUAUGCAGAUUCUUAGUUUAUGACCAACUUUGUCAAGUAUUCCCUGUAA